GAAAAACUCCUUCGACAAGCCGUUCUUGAUUCUCUAGCCACCAAUCCUCAAUUGUUGUCCCCUUUUGGUUUGUGAUUCUGCUAUUUUCAUCAUCGUCUCCAAAGCUGAGUAGCUAUGUCGGAUAAGUUCUCACCGACCUUAAGACUGGGAGAUCUCAACGAUUUCAUUGCUCCGUCUCAAGCCUGUGUCAUCUCUCUCAAAGGCUCAAAAAAGCCCCUCGACAAGAAGCCUGAUCGUCCCCAGGUUGUUCUUACUCCAAAACAGCAGCUUGAACCCGUCAAAAUCUCUCUCAAGGAUUGCUUGGCUUGCAGCGGAUGCAUCACAUCGGCUGAGACAGUUAUGCUUGAGAAGCAAAGCUUAGACGAGUUCCUCUCUGCUCUUACCAAAGGCAAAGACGUGAUCGUCUCCCUUUCUCCGCAGUCCAGAGCCUCCAUUGCUGUUCACUACGAUAUCUCUCCUCUUCAGGUUUUCAAGAAGCUAACUACGUUCUUAAAGUCUCUCGGAGUUAAAGCUGUGUUUGAUACGAGCUGUAGCAGAGACUUGGUGCUUAUCGAAGCUUGUAAUGAGUUUGUGAACCGUUUCAAGCAAGCUAGUUCUGAUGACGGUGAAAAUGCUCAGUCCCCUCUCCCUAUACUUUCCUCCGCGUGUCCUGGUUGGAUAUGUUAUGCUGAAAAGACGCUUGGCUCAUUUGUUCUGCCGUAUGUCUCUUCUGUUAAGAGUCCUCAGCAAGCUAUUGGAGCUGCCAUCAAACACCAUUUAUGUCAAGCGUUGGGACUCAGGCUGGAGGAGAUUUACCAUGUGACUGUGAUGCCCUGCUACGAUAAGAAGCUAGAGGCAGCGAGAGACGACUUUGUCUUUGGCGAUAACCUGACGGAAGUUGAUUCCGUGCUAACAACCGGUGAAAUUUUGGAUUUAUUAAAGUUGAAAGGAGUCGACUUUAAAGAUCUGGAGGAAUCUCCACUCGACAGAUUGCUGACGAAUGUUACUGAGGAAGGACAUCUUUAUGGUGUAGCUGGAAGUUCUGGUGGUUACGCAGAAACAAUAUUCAGACAUGCGGCAAAAGCACUGUUCGGACACACUAUUGAAGGUCCUCUUGAGUUCAAAACUCUCAGAAACUCUGAUUUUCGUGAAUUGACUCUUGAAUUGGAAGGUAAAACAGUGCUGAAAUUCGCAACAUGUUACGGUUUCCAGAACCUUCAGAACAUUGUCCGGAAACUGAAAACACGGAAGUGCGAUUAUCAGUAUGUAGAGAUUAUGGCGUGCCCUGCAGGUUGCCUGAAUGGUGGUGGACAGAUUAAGCCAAAGACGGGACAGACUCCGAAAGAACUGAUCAACUCACUAGAAGCUACGUAUAUGAAUGAUACUGCUUUGAGUACAGAUCCUUUCCAGAAUCCAAUUGCCAAGAGACUGUACGAUGAGUGGCUUCACGAGCCUAGUUCCAGCGAGGCAAAGAAGUACUUGCACACUCAGUACCAUGCGGUCGUUAAAAGCGUUACAGCGCAGCUCAACAACUGGUAGACAAACCGUAUGUGUUUGAAAUUUUGACCGAGAAGGGAGCAAAGACGGUCUGGUAGACUGUCUUGUCUGUACCAGUGAACUCUGGUUUUUGUGUUUUUUUAAACUUUAUGUAAUAUAUAGGAAAUGAGUGAGAGGCUCCCUACUCAAGUAGUCUUAUAUGUAAAAGACAAAUCUCAACAUUUGACAUAAAGAACAAAUACACACUCCUAAGCCA